AGAAACAGUUACAGAAAUUAGAUUUUUAAAUAAUUUUCAAAGAAAAAAUAUAGUUACAGAAAUUUAGUAAAAAGUAAAAAGAAAAUGGACGACCGACACUCUAUAAAAUCAGACACCUCCGAACCAUCACAACUACAACCAUUACUACACGACCUAUAUUUUGGUCACGAUGAUGAUAAUAUGAGAAAUGAUGGUGAUCAAAUGCGUCAAAAUCAAGUGUUACGGGAACCCAACAUUCAGCUUGGUCCGAAUGCGGAAUUUAAUUUUGAUAACGUCAAUACCACUCGUGGUCGUUACUCUCGUUCCAACAAUUUUAGGGAAUCACGUAACUUUAAUAGGCAUCGAGUCUUUCCAAACCCCCAAGACUACCAACUUGACGAUUAUGGGAACACGGAAAGAAGACCAAACUAUCAACAACCUAUGAGUCCACAAUCACUGUUACAGACAAUACAUCGCUGGAAUUUACAAUUCAGUGGUGCGCGUGGUGAAGACGUCGAGAAUUAUAUAAAUCGAAUCGAUGAGGGUCGUGAAUUAUUGGUUAUGCGUGAAUCAGAUUUAUUAAAAGCCAUUCCUUUUACGUUAAAAGAUGCAGCGUUAACAUGGUACAGAGGUCGCGUCAAUUCUUUUAGAACAUGGCAAGACGUUAAGAUUGCUCUUCGCUCCAGAUAUGCAGAUCCAGAUUAUCAAUUAGCCUUGCGUGAAGAAAUUGCUAAUCGUACGCAGGCAAACAACGAACCAGUUUGUGAUUAUCUUGCAUGUAUGAAUGGUCUUUUCGCCCGAACAGACCCAUUAUGGUCAGAAUGGGAAUGCAUCCGCUAUGCUCACAGAAAUAUGUUACCGGCAUUCAAAUUAGUGAUCCCAUUGCACAGAAACCUUACUAUGGACGAUUUAGAAGCGUACGCGUCACGCCAAGAAAGAACACUUCAAAGUGUAAACCAAUAUCGCCCCCCACCACUACCAGAAAACUCUAUGUGUCCAGCGUAUGCGUACUCAGGGCCUCGGAAGGCACACUACCAACCACCCCGACCACUACAACACUUUUCGAAAACUGAUCAAUUACAUGCGGCAGUUGAUCAUAGCGUACCGUUACAGAACAAUGCCGAAGGUUACAGUGACAUAUUAGACUCCUUGUUAUUACAACGACAUAAUCAACAACAAACAAGUGAUCAUUCUAAGUUACCUACAACAAGAUCCGGUAUCAAAGAUAAAUUUAGUGAAUCUAAAACAUCCAAUUUAGUGAAUCAAGCGUCACCCGCGGUGAAUACUAAUAGGAAUGAAACAAGUGACACUGAGUUUAGAUGUUGGAAUUGUGACAAAAUUGGUCACGGCCACAGAUUAUGUCCAGCACCUAAACGUAGAUUUUGUUACCGCUGUCGAGCCUCAGGUGUUACUAAACGAGAUUGUCCCCAUUGUAAUAAGGGAAACUCUCAACAGUGAACACUAUCCCGACAAGUGUAUCGCUUCCAGAAAUAACGUCGGAAGAUCAGUUACAGUUAGAAUUAGAUGUUACCGAAACUAAAAAGCUACAGAAUAUGG